AGUUCUAUUUAUGAAAAAUGGCUCUUGAAAUAGAGAGUGCAGAUGUUAUAAGAUUAAUACAACAAUAUCUAAAAGAAAACAACCUUCAAAGAUCACUACUUACACUACAAGAGGAGACUGGUAUAUCUCUCAAUACAGUGGAUUCUAUUGAAAGUUUUGUGUCAGAUAUCAGUAAAGGACACUGGGACGCUGUUCUUCAAGCCAUCCAGUCUCUGAAACUACCAGACAAAACAUUAAUUGACCUAUAUGAACAGAUAGUGAUUGAGUUGAUUGAGUUAAGAGAAUUAGGGGCAGCCCGUUCCUUACUAAGACAGACUGACCCGAUGAUAAUGCUGAAACAGCAACAGCCGGAGCGAUACAUCCACCUGGAGAACCUACUGGCAAGAUCUUACUUUGACCCGAGAGAAGCCUACACUAAUGGAAGCAGUAAAGAGAAGAGAAGAGCUGCUAUAGCUAAUGCAUUAUCUGGUGAAGUGUCAGUAGUGCCUCCGUCAAGGUUACUGGCACUGUUAGGUCAAUCUUUAAAAUGGCAGCAGCACCAGGGACUGCUACCACCUGGUUCAACAAUUGAUCUAUUCAGAGGUCGUGCUGCCAUGAGAGACUCAGAGGAAGAGAAGUAUCCAACGUUACUUAAUAAAACCAUAAAGUUUGGAACUAAGUCGUACCCACAGUCCGCAGUCUUCUCACCAGACGGACAAUACCUGGUCACUGGUAGUGCUGAUGGCUUCAUUGAAGUUUGGAACUUCACUACCGGAAAAAUAAGGAAGGAUUUGAAGUAUCAGGCACAAGAUAGUUUCAUGAUGAUGGAUGAUGCUGUCCUUUGUCUCUCAUUCAGUAGAGACAGUGAACUCUUGGCAUCUGGAGCCAGGGACGGAAGAAUAAAAGUUUGGAAAGUCUCCACUGGUCAGUGUCUAAGGCGGUUUGAACAUGCCCACAAUGAGAGUGUGACGUCAGUCUCCUUCUCCAAGGACAGCAGUCAAAUAUUGAGCUGCUCCAAUGACAUGAGCAUCAGGGUACAUGGUCUUAAAUCAGGGAAGACCCUGAAAGAGUUCAAAGGUCAUUCUUCAUAUGUUAAUUCAGUUCUCUAUAUACCAGAAACCCACACCAUCCUGAGCUGCAGCAGCGAUGGUUCCAUCAAAUUGUGGAAUACAAAAACUGUUGAGUGUAUUGGUACAUUCAAACCAACACUAGUGGGUGUGGCUCAAGGAGAUAUAACUAUUAAUAAUAUACACCUGCUACCUAAAGUCACUGACCAGUUUGUAGUAUCUAAUAGAACCAACACAGUCUGCAUAAUGAACACACAGGGACAGGUAACUUUAAUUAACAGUUUAUCAUUCUAUAGUUUUAGUUUA